AUGCUAGCUGAUUCUCAAAAUUUUCGGACAGAUUUUCGGAAAAUGAGGAAAAUAGGACCCUGUUUUCACUGUGGGGUUGACAGCACGCCACUAUGGCGAAAUGGACCACCUGAGAAACCAGUGUUGUGCAAUGCGUGUGGUUCGAGGUACAGAUUAGGGAAGCCCCUGGAGAACUAUGCACCCAAGGCCCUCAAAAUCUCUCCAAAGAAGAGACGAAAACAGGUCACCCAUUCCAGAACCUCAUCAUCUGAUUUGGCUGGAUAUAAUGCAAGUUCCGAGUCCUCGGCAUCACACCACCCCAACCGUGUUACCCUAAAACAAGAGAUUCUAGACGAUUGUCCAGUUGAAAUGUGGGGAAACUCAUGGAGAAUUCAUACAAGAAAGAGGUCAAAAGUUGUUUACGACGGUCUCACAACAACACAAAAGCUUCAAAAGGAACUCCACACUAUUCUAAGAGAUGAAUUCAAUGGCAGCAUUGAAGCAGAAGAUGUGCUGAUUAAUAAUAUCAACAUCAACAAGCUGAAAAUUCCUCCCAUAGAAAUUGGUCUUGGAACCAUUCUUUUCAAUUUCCCUGUUCCUUCUCCAGAUCAACAGGAAACUAGGGUUUUCCCCCCUAAUCAUCCUCCAACAACUCGUUCGUAA